CGGACUUGUUAGCAUGGGAGGUCACUACCAAGCACACAUUAGUAGCGCCUCAGCUUCAUUCAAUCACACCGCCUUCGGUGCGACCAAUGGACUGGUUCGUCCACCAUCUUCCUCAUCCAAUAAUGUAGCGGUGGUGGAAACUGAGAAUAACGGUGGUAAAAGUAAUAUAUUAGGUUCUUCCUCAACAAAUUCGGCUGAAGUGAGUAACAGUUCCUCCAAUACCAAUGGGACAUCAUCUUCUGUCACUGUUCCAUCUUCGGGUUUGUGGGAUAGUAGUGCGAAUUCAUCAUCUAACGGAACUAGCAGUGUAAUGAGCAUAGGGAUGACCACCAGCUUAACAGGAAUGAAUGGCCUUGAUGGUGGCGGAGUCAGCAUGGUUCCAACAAUGAUGAAGAAUGCUUAUUGGAAUAUUAUGGAAAUCGGGUGGUUUAUGGACGAUG